GGUCGGCCGCUGGUAGCUCGCGCGCUCCUGCACCGCUGCACCAUGGCGUCCGCUUGCCCGCUUGUGCUCCUGUUGCUGCUCCUGGUCCGCAGCCCGGCCACUACCGCGGAGUCGAUCCGAGAGACCGAGGUCAUCGACCCCCAUGAUCUCCUAGAAGGCCAGUACUUCUCUGGAGCUCUGCCUGACGAUGAAGAUAUCGGGGGGCCAGGGCAGGAACCUGAUGACUUUGAGCUGUCAGGCUCUGGAGAUCUGGAUGAUUCGGAGGAUUCCAAGACCAUCCUUGAAGGGAUCCAACCGUUGAUGCCUCUAGAUAACUACAUCCCUGAGAGGGUGGGGCCUGGGAAUUGGGUCCCCAGUGAACCCAAAGAACUGGAGGAGAACGAAAUCAUCCCCAAGAAGGACUCACCAUUUGAAGGGGAGAAGGAUGUGUCUAACAAGGUGUCCAUGUCCAGCACUGCCCAGGACAGCAGCAUCUUUGAAAGAACUGAGGUCCUCGCAGCUCUGGUUGUGGGCGGCGUCAUGGGCAUCCUUUUUGCUGUUUUCCUGAUCCUGCUGCUGGUGUACCGCAUGAAGAAGAAGGACGAAGGCAGCUACGAUUUGGGCAAGAAACCAAUCUACAAAAAAGCCCCCACCAAUGAGUUCUACGCGUGAAGCUUCCCCAUAGACACUACUUGGACUUUAGUGGGGAGGGAAGCCAAAGGAUUGUGAACGGUGGGCAUUAAAGUAAGGGGAGGGCACCUUAUUACUGACCUA